AUGAAACAUGCCAUUCCUGCCCUAGCAAAGAACUUUGCUGUUUCCACUUAUAAAGUCCUUCGCCCCCAAACCCAAACCAAAUCCAUGAACAUUUGCACACGUCCGUGUGACGUAUUCAUUAAUCACCGGGGAAUCGACACGAAAAGGACCGUCGCCGGAUUGCUCUACUACCACCUCUCCAGGCUUGGGCUGAGGCCAUUUCUAGACAGCAAGAACAUGAAGCCCGGCGACAACUUGUACAACAAGAUCGACACCGCGAUCCACAGUUGCAAGAUCGGUGUCGCGGUGUUUUCGCCCCGUUACUGCGAGUCCAAGUUCUGCCUCCAUGAGCUGGCUCUUCUAAUGGAGACUAGAAAGAGAGUGAUACCGAUCUUCUGCGACGUAAAGCCGUCGGAGCUUAGAGUUACGAACCUCGUCAAUGGAAGUUGUUCGGCUUUGGAGCUCCAGAGGUACGAGGCUGCCCUUCAAGAAGCGAAAUUUACGGUCGGACUUACAUUUGACUGCGCUAAUGGGGACUGGUCAGAGUUCUUGCAAACGGCUUCCGAUGCUGUCUUGGAAAAUUUGAUCGAGGUAGAAGGGGAAAAAGUACUGGACGAGAUCGAUAAUAAUCAGAUCUAUUUGCCAAAUGAUUCAAAGAAGUUGUGA